AUGCCCUCUUUUUUCAAGAAGUCGAAGGCGAAAGAGAAGGAGGCGGAGGCGGAGAGGGCAAAGACAGAGCGUCCGGCCACGCCUCCGCCAACAUACGACGCCGCGCAGGAAGACCCCCCACCAUUCGAAGAUCAGCCACCGCCAUUUGAAGCCAACGGCGGCCCCAACAGGAAUAGACCAAACACUGAAGCUGAUGUCGCGAACAUCACGGCUGCGUUCAGCUCUCUCAGACUAGGUACCCAGAGGGACCCGGAUGUAGACUCCUGCCUCGCUCAUCUAAAGCUCCUGUACGCCAUCCAGACGCUGAAGGAGGAUGUGGGCUACACCGAUGGGCUUUGGGAUUUGUGGGAUGUUCGUGCGGGACCACCUCCCGAUACCGAUACUAAGGAGGAGGGUGGUUCGAGCAAGGAUGAAGCUGACCGGACGAAGAAGGUUUUGGCAAUCAUUCGUGAGAAGCGGUGGGCCGUAUACCUGGCGCGGGCUGUAGACCGUUAUGAGAGUUGGUGGAAGACUCUCUCGGAAGGGCGUCUACGCGAGGCGGAAAUGGGCAACGUCGACAAGUUCUCUGCAAAGUAUGCGACAUUCCCCGAGGGGUCUGAAGACUACCCGUGGACCGUUGAUACUCUGCCCCCUUUGGACGUUCUCAUGAUUUGGCACUCGCACAUGCUCAACCCAAGAGCUUUCCUCGAGGACACCAUGCGCUGGGGUCUCCGAAAAUUCUGGACAACGGGUAUGCCUUGGGCCCAAGUCAAUCAGGCAAUCGACUCCAAAUUCAAUUACAAGGUCCCUGACCAGGCCAAAUCCAACUGGGAGACGGCGACAGGAAGAUCCUGGGACAACCUUGAGGAGCCAAUGGUGAAAGUCCUUGGCUGCCCCGCAUGCAAGCGAACUAUGGAGGUCCCUUGGACCACGUGUGGCUUGCCAGAGAUGUAUAAGGGUGAAUCACGACCGGGUCUGGUCGGAAAUGGGUAUGGAGAUGGGGAUUUCUCCCAGCCAUGUACACCUGGCUGCGACAGCGUUAUCACCCAGCGCCUCCUUUCUGUGGCGAAGAUUAUCAGUGACGCAGAAGGCUAUCUCAACGAAGGCGUCACCAUCCCCAGCACUGUCCUCGACCCACAGACCGGCAUGCCAGCCGUCAACGAUGAACAGCUUUUGGAAGUGACCUUUCCGAACCGGCUCGUAGGCUACGGGAUCUCCGAGCAGCUAUUCAAUCUCAUCCGUCCAGGCCAGCAAAGGAAUUGUACGAUGAAGAACGUCCGAGACCUGAUUUCCAAAGCUUUGGCAAAUGACGAGUCAUAUGCCAGAAUCCAGAAGGAUAAAUUUGCCAAGGUUGGAGUGAAAGAGACUGCACAAAGUAGGAUAUUGACACGGACGGAGAAGUUCCAAAGCUCCAAGAUGAUGGCGAGAUACUGGGAGAAUCAUUCCAUAUUUGCUCUGGAUCUUGUAGCUGCAACUAUGCGCCAGGGAGUAUUCGUUGGCAAGAUGUAUUCGAUCGACUGGCUCCACAGUCCGAAUGCACGAGGCACCAUGGAUCGUUUGGUUCAAAAGUACCACCGCUUCAUGCUUAUCAUGACCGAGAACCCCCUCACGAUGUGUGUCCCGACCCUGGACGUCGAUCUUGCGUGGCAUACCCACCAGCUGGCGCCGAGAGCGUACUACAAGUUCUCCACUUACAACAGCGCGACCAACGGCACAAAGAAGGCUAAGUUCAUCGACCACAACGACAAGGUUGACGAGGACCAGCUUUCCACCUCGUUUGACUGGACGGGCAAGAUUUACCUCGAGAAAUUUGGCGAGGUCUACUCUGAGUGUACCUGCUGGUACUGCGAAGCCAUCGACAACUUCAAUUCUUCAGUGGCGGCCGCCUGUGAUUCCUCGUCCUCCGCCCAUGUCUCCGCGCACAACUCUUGCCAUGCGGACGUAUCGUCGCCUCUCAACAGGGCUCGCUCCUUUCAAAGGUCCAUCUGGGCCUCUCGCCUUGACGACGGCUACGAGCGUGCUGUCAAACGGGCCGCGAAGCGAGGCAAGAAACUUCCACCCAAGGAGGAGUUCUAUAACCACUGGGGCAAGACUUACUUCCAGUACGCCCCGAUCUCCGCCCCUGCGUACCUGACGACGGACAUGUACGUAGCUGGAGACCCUGGAAUUCUCAACGGGUCGUGGGCCGACUGCGCUCAGGGGCUGUGGGGUCCGAACGACAUUGCUGCUGGUGGGUGCGGCGGUCCUGGAGGGUGUACCAACUCGGCCGUGAGUCUAAGGCCUCCUUGGAUUUCUCUGGAUUCUUUGACUAAUCUUCCGAAUAGGGAAUAUGGUCUGGCCCUUCUCGGGGAAUGGGUGACUGUUCCACUGGGAUGGCUGCAGCAGGCUUCGGAGGCUACGCAGGAGGUGGAGGCUGUGGAGGAGGUGGAGGAGGCUGCGGCGGUGGCGGUGGCGGCUAGUGAAAGGCUAUAUAAGACGUUCGUUUCUAUGACCCAUGCCGAUUGA